AGCUCAGUUUCAAUUGGAAAUUUCUUUGGAAACGAUUCAAAAGAUAUUUAAUUAUUUCACGUGAAAACCUGUUUGCAACAGCAAAAAGAAAGCAAAACAAAAAAAAAACCCUAAAAAAGUAUCAAAAGUUUCAAAUUAUUUCUUAAAAGUGCUUUAAUGUUUAACACAUUUUGUUUGUUAAAUAUUUUGGAACAAAUUGCAACAUAAUUUGUGUGUCAAUGAUAACUCACGACUCGACUCUUCGACAGAGACAAAAUAUCAUUUUCGAUUUCUGCUCUUUGAACAUCAGAAAAGGUUCCCGUACUGGUAACUCCGGCAACAAUCUAGAAUUUUCUGUUCUAACAUUGCGUACCUACGUCCCAUGAUUGAAUCGCUUAAACCGACAAAAGAUUCAUAAAUUCUAAACACUUUAUUGAAUAAACUUUUACUAAGAAGAAUAAUAACUUGCACAUUUUGAAAAUGGUUCAAGGACAAACCAAACCAAUUUAUAAAUCGGCUGCCUUUGCUACUAGCGAGCCAGCGAACUUGAAGAAGUCGCAGUGUGAUUAUAAAGCACAGGAACGAAAAGAGAUUCCAAAAAUGAACGUUGAAAAGAAGGCAGAUCCAUGGGGAAAGAUCUUCAAGAACGAAAAGCAUUUCAAGAGCUUCCACAUUUGCUAAAUUUUAGGAAUCAUUUUCUCCUUAGUCGCACAACUAAAUACUUAAAAUGUAACAUAAGUUUUAAGGAAUAAGGAAUAAGCUUAAAUACAAGCAUCGAAGAAAAUAAAAGGAAAAGUUUUAAAACUUUUAAAGAUGGCCAU